AUGAAGAAGGAUCUGGACAAGUUGGUGGACUAUCACGUGGCAGGAGCAGGCAAAGGAGUAGCGUACAGACGCACUGCAGACUUCGUGGACAGGUAUGGCCACAGGUUCACAGGGACAGAGAACCUUGAGAGGUCAAUCGACCAUCUUGAGUCGAUUGUCAGGCAAGAUGGCUUCAACGACGUUCACUUCGAGUCCGUCAGCGUUCCUCGCUGGGUCAGGGGGGAAGAAAGGUGUGUGCUGCUGUCGCCACUGGUGGGCAAUGCAACCAAGAAGCUUCCGAUGCUCGGGCUUGGUUUCAGCGUGGGGACAGGGAUGGAAGGGAUCACUUCCGAUGUCGUAGUCGUGAAUUCCUUCGAGGAUCUUGCCAUGAAGUCAGACAAGGUGCGAGGUAAGAUUGUGCUCUUCAACUUCCCUUGGACGAAGUACGGAGAGUGUACACCUUACCGCUACCUUGGAGCCUCGUUUGCGGCCAAGUACGGAGCUGUUGCGGUUCUUAUCCGCUCCCUUGCGUCCUUCUCUCUCUCUACACCCCACACUGGGUCGAUGGGCUACAUCAAGGUGGAAAAGAUCCCAUCAGCCGCUAUCACAGCAGAGGAUGCAGCGAUGCUGCAGCGCAUGCAGGAGCGAGGAGACAAGGUUGUUGUCCAGCUGCAUAUGAGCGCUCAGACCUUGAGUAAUACGCCGAGUCGCAACACCAUUGUGGAGAUCAAGGGCUCCAAGUACCCCGACGAAGUUGUGAUCGUGAGCGGGCAUAUCGAUUCUUGGGAUGUUGGGCAAGGGGCGAUCGAUGAUGCGGGCCCGUCGUUUGUGGCCUACCAGGUAGUCAAGGCUGUGAAGGACCUCGGGCUGAAACCCAAGAGGACGUUACGAAUGAUCUUCUGGACUGCCGAGGAGGUUGGGGUUGUGGGGGGGAGGCAGUACUACGAAGAUCACAAGGGCGAAGCAGACAAGAUCUCCAUGGUCAUCGAGCUCGACUAUAGCAUCUUCACCGCGACUGGCGCGAGCUUGCGAUCAGAUGCGCCGACGCUUCUGGUCAUGAGAGCAGUGGGAGAGUCUCUUGCCCGCAUCGGUGGCUCGCAUGUGUUCGCUGACGCAGGGUUCACCACAUCCGACAUGGGGAGGUUCGUCGAAUCCCAUCAGAUCCCUGCCCUCACUGUUGCGCAAGUCCCCAAGUGA